AUGCUCGACGAGAACCUUCCAUCGUUCCACUUCAAACCCUCUUCCGACUCGCCACUCCACACCAUUCUUUUCUUCACCCAUAAUGGCUCCGAACUCUCCCCGUAUUACCUCCUCAUGCGGCCCGACCCCGCUCUCCCCGCCUCCAAGGACAAGUACGCCGUUGCCCUGACCGACGUCUCCUCCCAAUCCAUCAUCUACGCCGAAACCCUCGUCGAACCUUCCUGGACGCAGCCGACCCUCUCGACCGCCGAGAUCCGAGCCCAAAACCACAAUGGAAAUGGCGCUCCUCUCCCAGCGACGCCCAUUACCCCCGACGCCGUCACCCUUGCCCUCUACAACCCGGACUCGCAGGUCGUGAUCCGCACCAAGCCCGGCUCGUGGGGCAAAUCCGACAGCUGGGAGUUCGAGCUGCCCGAGGAGUCCUUCCGCGCCCCGAGCGCGAGCAUGAUCGACCGCACCGCCGGCCAACCCCCCGUCAGCGACGUCAUCCCCAAGAUCGUCUUCCGGUGGAAGAAGGAGUCCCGCAUCAGCAAGGAGAUGACCUGCUACAUGGUGGGCAAGAGCGUCGACGGCAAGAAGAGCAAGGAGCCCGACAUCACCGUCGCCAUGUUCAAGGUCGGCCGCCACGGGAGCACCGUCGCCAUCUACGAGCCCAACCUGCGCCGGGUCGAGGUCGAGGAUCGGAAAGGUCUGGAACUCGUCCUCCUCCUGAGCGCCGAAGUCAUCUGCGACCUCUACCUGAACCCCAAGACGGACCCCUUCAACGCCGCUGGUCGCGGAGCCGUUUCGUCCGGUCGGAUCAAGGACGGGCGCGGCGCAACCGGCUCCCCCGCCGCCGCGGCAGCACCGCCGGGGAAAGCUGUAGCAGCAACAACAGCAGCAACAGCAGCAGCAGCAGCAUCGACAACGCGCCCCGGUCCCAGCAAUCCCCGCAGGCAGGAGGAGAUCGACAUGGAGACGAGACGGCUCCAGGCCAUGGUGGAGGAAGAAGAGAGGCUGGCGCGCAAGCAAGAGCGGCGCGACGAGGAAGAGGCGCGCCGCAUCCGCGACAUGCUCAACCGGGAAGAAGAGGAGCGGCGGCGCGGGCAGGCCGAGGUCGAGAGGGAGACGGAGCGCCUGCGCAGGCAGUACGGCGUGCAGGGCCAGGCGUACGGUGGUGGCGGCGGUGGCGGCGGCGGCGGCGGACCGGCUCAGGCGAAUCCCGCUGCUAGCCCGCCGCUGCCGCCCCGGCCGAGCCCCAACCCCGGAGGGUUCAGCCCCGGUAUGUCGCCCACCACGCUGCAGACACCACUUCUGCCGCAACGGCCUCUCAGCACCGGGCCCAUGCAUAUGUCCGGCGGGACGUCCUGGUGGGGGAGGCCUGCUGGGGCGCCUUCGUCUGGCGCGGCCGGGAACGGGGGGUCCCGUCCCGGGAAGAAGCAUACUAAUCCGCUCUCGGGCCUCUUUUCGCGGGACCGGGACCGAGAACGGGACAGGGAGAGGGGUAGAGGAACAGAUGGCCCGGGACUCUUGCGGAAGAAGAGUCUGUAA